AUGGUAUCCAGCCAACUGAUGAAGGAACGGGAGGUCAAACGGCGGAGGGGCGAGACGCAGACCACUACAGAGGACUUCGUACAGCCUGUCUCACCUCCAGCAGACCAACAUACUAUUGAUCAACCAUUUCAGACGCCUGACUCAAAUGAAGAGGAGCCGGACACAGAACAAGAUGGAACUAUUCCUACUGCGGAAAAUCUCAGAAGACAUGCCACACUGUUUGUCAUCAAUACCAGGGCCAAGUCUAACAUAUCACAGAAAUCUGUGAACACCAUUGUUGCUGGAGUACAGCAGUACCAGUCUUUUCUAAUGGACCACCUCAAGAAGCAGAUGGAGGAUGUGCUAAAGAAACAUUCUGGAAAUGCCUCCGCAAGUCAACUGGAAAAGGAUGCCCUGGAUGUAUUUGACCGACAGCACAUGUGUUAUCAGGUUGAAGUGCCACAUAAGGAUCAGGACACUGAGGUGGUGGAGGUGGAGAAGUUGGUGGAUUACAUGCCUUAUUACAUCUUAAACAAUGGAAAUCAAACUUAUGUACUAAUCAAAUACUGUCUGACAGAUGUUAUGGAACUGCACUGCAACUGA